CGUCAAUUGUGUUCAUGACAUUUGUCAAUUUGACACUUGACAGUUGGAUCGGCUGGUGGCACUAACUGGUAUUUUUUAUUAUAAUUAAACAGCUCAGCUUUUAGCAGUGUUUAUUUAUUUACAAUUUGUAGGUCAUUACUUGUAGAAAAAUGCGUUUGUUAACGUUUAGUUUUAUAAAAUCUUGCAAAUACAGAAAGUUAUACAGUAACUUUCCUCGAAGAAUCAGCGGUUUUGCGCAGCCCGACGUAAUGCCAGUAACAGGUGAUCCAAAUUUGGUAGACAUUAGUCCAUCAUGGAAAGAGGAGGAGGAGCCUGAGCUCCGGAGGGCUGUGCUUGCUGACAUGCAGGUGUACCCUGACUUCAUCUCAGAGAAGGAAGAGAAUGCUCUACUGCUAGAGCUGGAGCCUGUUUUGCGACGCAUGAGAUAUGAGUUUGACCACUGGGACAAUGCAAUCCAAGGUUUCCGUGAGACGGAGCGCAGGGACUGGUCCUCAGAGAGCUCGGUAGUCCUGUCCCGCGUGAAGGCGCUGGCGUUUCCGCCGGGCGCGGGCCCCGCCCUGCCACACGUACACGUGCUCGACCUCGCCGCCGCCGGACACAUCAAGCCCCACGUCGACGCCGUGCGGUUCUGUGGCGACGUGAUAGCGGGGCUGUGCCUGGUCUCCAGUGCAGUGAUGCAUCUUGUGCACAGUGAGAAGAACCACCUCCAGCUACACGCACUGCUGGCUCGUCGCGCUCUCUAUAUCAUGAAGGGCGCGGCGCGGUACUCGUUCACGCACGCGGUGCUGGGCGGCGAGCACAGCGCGUGGCGCGGCCAGCCCGUGCCGCGCGCGCGCCGCGUCGCGCUCAUCGUGCGCAGCGCGCCGCCGCCGCGCCGGGACACCGACGCGGACCACUGACCGCGCACACAAACUUCACCCACUGACGUUUCCUCCUACAUGACUGCCAGCCUUGCACUUUUUGUGCUAGCUGGCUCUAUUUAUAAAUAUUUUUCAGUUUAGUUUUUUCGUAUUAUUACUCUCAAUACUUUCGUCACAGUCCACUAGUGUCAGAAUACCCGGACCUGUGAAGUGAUGCUCGUACUUCGUUAUUGAGAGGAUAUUUGAUUUGAUUUUCCUAAACUUACAACAGUUGUUACACAUUGUACGACUGUGUUGACUAGACAUAGUAACUAGUCACUGACUUACCAAUUAAAAUUGUGAUAUUAUUAUAAAUGCUAGAUGUACUUAGUUGAAUUUAUUUUCCCAACAUAUUGAAAUAUACCCUGUUGUUGAUAAUAAAGUAUUAUUGUUGAAUAUAUUGCCCGAUUAUUAUUUGUAUACAUAUAUAUUCCUAACUACGCG